AUGGACCACACGCAGCCCUUCGAGUCCGCCAUCAGCGGCGGCAUCCUGCCCUGCGUGGCGCUUCUCGCCAGGCGUCUCGACAACUCGGACGUGCUUUCGACCUAUCUGGGGCCGAAAUCCAUCGCCGCCGCAGACCCGGACCCCAUCGACGCCAACACCAUCUUCACCCUAGCUUCCAUCACCAAGCUGGCCACGACGGUCGCCGCCCUCCAGCUCGUGGAGCGCGGCCUCAUCCAGCUAGACGACGACGUGGCCGAACUUCUCCCCGUCCUGUGCCGGCAAAAAAUCAUCUCGGGGUUCGACGACCAGGGCCAGCCCGUGCUACAAGACCGCAAGAGCCCCAUCACCCUCCGGCACCUGCUGACGCACUCGUCCGGCGCCGGAUACACCUUCCUAGACGCGGGCGAGAAGCUGCGCCAGUACCACCGCUUCCACGGCACGCCGCCCAACCACGGCCCGACCGUCGAGUCCCGCUUCGGCGUCCCGCUGCUGUACCAGCCCGGCGAGGGGUGGGCGUACGGCGCCGGCAUCGACUGGGCCGGCCGGCUCGUCGAGCAGCUCAGCGGCCAGUCGCUGGAGGCCUACUUCACCGAGCACAUCUGGAAGCCGCUCGGGGCCUCGGGCACGUUCACCUUCUUCCCCGGCGCGCAGGGACGCGCGGGCAUGGCGUCCCGCGGGCCGGGGGGGCCGGACAAGCUGGCGCCGGUGCCGGGCGGGCUCGGCCUCAACGCCGGCGUGGAGGCGUGCUUCGGCGGGCAGGGCGGCCACGGCAGGGCCGACGACGUCCUGAAGCUGCUGCACUCGCUGCUCGCCAACGACGGGCGGCUGCUGCGGCCGCAGACCGCGGACGCCAUGUUCCGCGGGCAGCUGUCGCCCGCGAGCAAGGCCGCCUUGAAGCAGUCCCUCGAGGGGUCGGCGUGGGCCGUCGGCGACUACUACCCCGGCGAGGAGUACGACUGGGGGCUCGGGGGCUUGCUGAUCGAGAAGGCUGGCGACGGUGCGCCCUACGCGCGGGGCGCCAACACGCUCACGUGGAGCGGUGCGCCGAAUUUGUUCUGGCUGCUCCCGCCGGGUGAUGCCGGCGCGACGGAUGCCAUUCGGGAGUUCCAAAAGGUCGCGUACCAGAAGAACAAGACCCAAGGUUGA